AUGGAGCAAUAUCUCUUAGCAAACGUAUCACGAUAUCAGUCUCUGGUGCAGCGUUUUCAACCACAGCGACCGACCACAACUGAGAAUAAAGACGUGGCCGACUGCUCGAACAUUGUUGUGGCCAUCCGGAUACGGCCUAUAUUGGAUCACGAGAUAUUAUCCGGUCAGGUCCCCGCUAUUUUCCCUCGCAGCGAAAGUGGAGUAGUGGAUCUUCAUGAAUUGAAGAGAGUGAUCAGAGGCCAACCUACCUUAAAUUCAUCUGCAUUCCGAGUUGGUAAUGUGUUCGGUGCCGAUUGCCCUACAAAGACACUUUAUACAAAUCUGCUUCAACCACUUCUCCCGUCAGUAUGGGAAGGAGGCGUAGGUACACUGUUUGCCUUUGGACAAACAGGCUCGGGCAAAACCCAUACUAUCAGCGGGUUGGAACGACUGCUCGCCGAGACUUUGUUUGAUGGGGCUUGGACGACUCAGCGGAAGCUAUAUGUUUCCAUGUUCGAGCUUGCCGGGAACUCUGCAUAUGCCUCACGUGCACCGUUCUCGAUCCUCGAAGAUUCGUUUGGCAAUACACAGCUUGUUGGGGCCCAGGAACUAUCAAUCAAGAGCAAGUCUGAAUUUUUAGAACUGAUUGAAAACGCCACAUCAUUUCGACAAACUGCCGGUACAGAGAAAAACGACGGAUCGUCACGUUCUCACGCAAUUUGCCGUAUUAGAGCCGCAAACGUAUCACCAGGAAUUUCGGAAGAUGGCAUCCUCUACUUGAUUGACCUCGCAGGUUCAGAGGCAGCAAGGGACCUGGCCAAUCACAGCGCUGACCGCUUGAAAGAGACCCGUGAGAUCAAUAUCAGUCUCUCUAUACUCAAAGAUUGCAUAAGAGGCAUAGCAAGCACUACCGGAACUGUGAAAAAGGGUCAAAAAGGACCGUACAUUCCAUUUCGUCAGAGCACAUUGACCAAGGUCUUGAAGCAUGUGUUUGACCCGUCUGGUAUUCGAAAUUCCAAGACUGCCGUAUUAGCCUGCAUCAACCCAAGCUUUUUGGACACACCGGCAACCAAAAAUACUCUUCGUUAUGCUCAUAUGCUUUGUUCGACUGAAAUCAAAUAUCAGGCGGCGGAGCAUAGUCCCGCGAUACCAAAAUCAUGGAGUAACAAGUUUAUUCGAAGUUAUAUCACCAAAGAGCUCCACCAGGCUGUCAUAUUAACAUGUGAAAAGUCGGGCAAUCCCGUGAUUUCACCCUCUAUUCUCGCACCGCACGAGUCGGGCGCUCAGCUUUUAGCUAUCCCGUUGAACAAAUUCAUCGCCCGCUGCCUCCGUACUAAGGGUGUGACGGAGAGCCAAGCUAAAGCAUUUCAUGCUAAGCUUUGGCGUCUGCAUAUUGACUCCACACGCGCCUCCGGAGUAGGGCACAAGGGAGAAAUCGAUACAAUCGAGCAAGUCCCUAUUUCCGGGGAAAGCGUGCUAUCCGUGACUCGUAUUUCCACCCGUGACUUGAUGUCUGAGGGGGACCUGCGGACAUUCAAAGACCGCAUUCGACCGGGUAUGGUGGUUCGUUGUAAUGCGGCGGCGAACUUUCCUGGGUCUUCGUCUCAGGAGAAACUGGUCAUGAUUCUGUGUCCUCAGAAUGUCGUUGGAAAGAACAUGAAAGAUGCUCUUGGCAAUGAGGUUAACCCGAGUUAUUGUUUAGAGAAGACAGAACUCACAGGAAUCACUCAUCAGCGAUAUCUAUGUGCUUUAGUUUUGUCGGGGGGGUUGGCAGACUCAUACGAGGUCAGUAUCUGGCGCCAAAUUGUUGUGGACUUGAGCUCUAUGGAGACAGAAGUCUCACUCGAGUAUGACCCGGCCACGAGAUACUAUCAUAUCUGUUAA